AUGUCGUUACACUUCCUGGUGAAUGGUCGGCUUCCGGAUGCUGUCCAGACAGGGUUAACUACAUCAGUCUCACCUGACGGAAUUGCUUGUUUAUCUACAGAACUGAAUAGCUUACAGAUUCAGGACUCUGGGAUUCUGAGUGGUCCAAGCUCUGGAUUGAGCAUAACAAACAAUAGUCCAACCGGUCACUCGAGUGACCCACGAUCCGAUGUAUUAGCUCCUGUGGCCGUUUCAGAUGCUUCCUGCGAGAAACUCAAUCAAUUGUCUUGGUGGCCUGCAAACAAACAUAUCAAUCCUCCUCCGAAUAAACUUAUUGUUGGGGUCCCUCCAAGCAGCGCGUCCUACAGUUUGCAACCGGUCCCGCCAGUGAUUCGACCGAUGCUCCCCAGUGCCGAUUUCACGAUUCCGUUUUCGAUACCGUCACCUUCUCGUGAGGAGAUGGUUGGGUGGUCCCCUGUCAAUCACUUUUUUCAGUAUGCUCCGCAGUCUCCGUAUACCUGGUUGGAUGGAGCGGUUCGGUUCCCGUAUGUUGCUACUGCCAACAUGACCGUCCCACCAGCGUUGCCGUUUGUAUCUCAACCCAUGUAUUUCGUUCCACUCAUGAACCAGGUGCCCUUGAAUCAACCCAUUGUUCCGAUUCCACCACCACCACCACCGCCACUUGUUCAGAGUUGGAUUAGUGGCUUUCCAAACAGUAUGACCCCACCAGAGGAACAUUCCGUGACCAUUCCUGCCUGUCCUCCACGGACUAGCCUACACCUUGGAACCCCAGGGUUGGCCACCCCAACAUCUUUCGCAAAUACCUCUUCGGCUAGUAGACGGCUUGCUACUAACGGAGAACCAAACUACGGUCGAAGAUCCGGUGUGGACCAGCUGCAUUCGCGUUCAGAAGUGAACAAAGGGAAGACGAACACUGGUUCGUUGAACUCCAAAUCCACAGGCAAGAAGAAGCUGGGCUUCCACAAUAACAUUCUGUAUAAGACAGAAUUAUGUCACGAUUUUCUAGUGAGCCAGGCAUGUCCCCGUGGACUUGCUUGUCAGUAUGCGCAUGGCGAAACGGAGCUUCGUGAUCCUCGAAACCAUCCUCUCUACAAAACGACAGUUUGUCAAGACUUUCGUCUGACUGGAACUUGUGUUCGCGGGGCCAAGUGUCUUCAUCUUCACCCACCAGAGACUAUCACAAAAAGGCCGCAGCGACCCAAUAGCCCUUGCUUGGCCCGCUCAACACCAAAGUCAGGGACAGCUGCCAGUGCGUGA